UUUAGGAAAUCUCAUGUUUUGCACUUUGUUAUUGUAAAACAUUUCCAUGGAAGCUGUCUGAAAAAAAGUUACAUAGAAGUGUGUCUGCCUCAGAACAUAAAAUUUGAAAAGAAAAAAAACAGCUUGACCUUCGUUAUUGAGGAUCCCGGACGCGGAGCGUUAAGCCUCCUGGAUGCUGGAAGUAGCACUCUGUUGGAAGUUUCUAACAGGCGGGUGUCUUCCCUCCCAACGCAAUCCUUUCACUGUCGGUCAAACCACGAAAUGUGUGGCUCGAGACUAUCAUACUUUUCUUAUCUUCCGGCCUUUUUUUCAACACAUUACACUUCUGUAGUUGGCGUUUCGGCAGUGCGCGCUAUGAUGUUUAUUGGACUGCGUGUAUCAGCGUCUGAGACCGGGUGUUCGAUGUAGUCAAGCGGACAACAGAAAGGUGUGCGGUCGGGGGUCCGUCUGGAGAGGGGGUUUGAACAGGAAAGAUAGCUGCAGAUCUGGAGCGUCGUUUUGAACAGGAAAAAUUGCGGCAGAUCUGGAGCGUCGUUUUGAACAGGAAAUAUAGCGGCAGAUGCUGAAGUUGCGCCUUUUCUCUGCCUGUCAUCCGUCAAUGGGACAAGCCAUUCGGCGGAGGGAAAUGUAAAGAGAAGCUUAAAGUAUGGCAUGCAAAGAUGGUUUCUGCCAAGAAGGAGAUGUGGACUGCGAUGCACCCCAGUUACAUUUGGACUGUCUUCUACUUGUUGUGCUGGAGUGCGUGCAUAAGGAGGAUCACUGGACAGGUAAAAAAGGAUGAGAGAAUUUAUCCCGAGAACUUCACCCGCAUUUUGGACAGACUUCUGGACGGCUAUGACAACCGGCUGCGACCGGGGUUCGGGGGUCCAGUGACAGAAGUAAAAACAGACAUUUACGUGACCAGUUUUGGACCUGUCUCUGAUGUGGAAAUGGAGUACACCAUGGACGUGUUCUUCCGUCAGACCUGGGUGGACAGGAGGCUGAGGUACGAGGGGCCCAUCGAGAUCCUGAGGCUCAACAACCUGAUGGUGACCAAGGUCUGGACCCCAGACACCUUCUUCAGGAACGGCAAGAAGUCCGUGGCUCACAAUAUCACUGCCCCCAAUAAGCUGUUCCGCAUCAUGAAGAACGGCACCAUCCUCUACACCAUGAGGUUGACCAUCAUUGCACAGUGUCCCAUGAAGCUGGUGGACUUCCCCAUGGAUGGCCACGCCUGCCCUCUAAAGUUUGGAAGCUAUGCAUACCCCAAAACAGAAAUGAUCUACACCUGGACCAAAGGACCAGAACACUCCGUUGAGGUUCCCCCAGAAUCUUCCAGCCUGGUGCAGUACGAUCUGAUUGGCCAAACUGUGUCCAGUGAAACGGUCAAAUCCAUCACAGGUGAAUAUGUGGUGAUGACGGUGCACUUCCACUUGAAACGGAAAAUGGGCUACUUCAUGAUCCAGACGUACAUCCCCUGCAUAAUGACAGUCAUUCUCUCUCAAGUGUCCUUCUGGAUAAAUAAAGAGUCAGUACCUGCCCGGACAGUGUUCGGCAUUACCACAGUGCUGACCAUGACCACCCUGAGCAUCAGCGCCCGCCACUCUCUACCCAAGGUUUCGUACGCCACGGCCAUGGACUGGUUCAUCGCUGUCUGUUUUGCAUUUGUGUUCUCCGCCCUCAUCGAGUUUGCUGCUGUAAACUACUUUACCAACGCCCGGCUGGAGAGGGCAAAGAGGAGGCCAGGGAGGUGCCCCCCCGCGCCCCAGACCACACCUGUGAAGGCCAAGGACACAGAGGAGGUGCUGCAGAGAAACCUUGACACGAAUGGACACCUGCGCAAGAGGAUGACUACCACCUCUCAGGACCCCCACGCAGAAGUAACUAAGCAACCACACGCCUCCAGCCAAUCCUGUUUAACCACAGUGAUGACUGGCAGCUCCUCCAGCCUAUCGUGUUCCAGCCCCAAGUCCACCAGCCAAUCCAAUGCAGCUUCGUCCACCUUGAUGGUGAAGAAUCUGCCCCCAGCUCCACCCUCCAUGCCGGCCGCGCCCGGAGACACGCCGUCCAGGGAGAGCACUGGCUCCUCCUCCCUCCAGAACCUCCUCGGCCCAGAGCUGGAGCACAUCCACAUGAUGGGAAACAAGAUGGAGCCCAAGCAGUCUCCAUGCUCCCAGCCCACCACUGCUGGAAUGGGAAACAAGAUGGAGCCCAAGCAGUCUCCAUGCUCCCAGCCCACCACUGCUGGAAUGGGCGGGACCAGUAAAAUCGACAAGUAUGCCCGCAUUCUCUUCCCAGUGUCCUUCGGGGCUUUCAACAUGGUCUAUUGGGUGGUGUACCUGUCCAAAGAGACCAUGGAGACCAAAGUAGGAUAGUUUCAUUUCCUGUGAAGUCGGAAGGAGGGUAGUUUCAUUUCCUGUGGAGUCCGAAGGUACUUUUGAAGGUAGUUCUGUUUCCUGUUUCAAGUUCAGGUUGGGAUCCAUUCCA